GCUGCGGAGCUCUGGUUUCUGUUGGCGAGCCCGUCACUCACAGGAAGGCCGACAACAUAGCAGGUAAAUACGGAGUCUGGAUGCAGGAUCCUGAAGCUGUUUCUCCGUACGGGCCCGACAUGGUUUGGCGCAUCGAUACGAUUGGUGCUGAGGUCAGACAGCUGUUUGGAUACGACGACAUGGAGCAGCUUUCUAAAGGCUUCCCAUCCAAGGUCCUGCUGCUGCCUGACCCCUUAGAGAGCACCGGGGCCACUCUCUAUCGAGGUUCCCUGUACUACCAGAGACGUCUCAGUCGCACUCUGAUCCGAUACGAUCUGGCUUCAGAGAGCGUCGCAGCUCGCCGGGAACUUCCCCACGCUGGCUUCCAUGGCCAGUUCCCUUACUCCUGGGGGGGCUACACAGACAUCGACCUGUCUGUUGACGAGAAGGGGCUGUGGGCCGUCUACUCCACCAACAAGGCCCAAGGAGCCAUUGUGAUUUCGCAGCUGGACCCCCACACCCUGCAGGUGAAGAAGAGCUGGGAGACCAACAUCAGAAAGGCAUCCGUGGCCAACUCGUUCAUCGUCUGUGGGAGGCUGUACACCGUGGCCAGCUACACAGCUCCCAACACCGUCAUCAACUACAUGUACAACACCGACACCAGCCAGGGCAAGGCCACGUCCAUCCCCUUCAAGAAUAAGUACGGCUACAACAGCAUGAUCGACUACAGCUUGGCUCAGAAGAAGCUGUUUGCGUGGGACAACUUCCACUUAGUGUCCUACGACAUCAGGCUGGGSCGGCAGCAGGCCAACUGAGACCGACAUGUGGGACUGCUUUAAAAAAGAGACAUCUGCUCACCUGGUCCUGCUUCAGAGACUCACAGGGUUCGAGCAGAGCGUGAGCGGCAGCAGUAGUUAGAAAGCCAACACCAGCAGCAUUCAAAUAUAACAGAGCCUGUGGGCUGCCAUUUGUAAAGUUACACAGUCAAAAAUUACCACCAAUAUUUUUGUUUUAUUUAAACUUUUAUAAGAAAAA